AUUAUGACAUCCAUAGGAAUUAUGACACUGAGCCGUGGCCCGUACAGCGAGCUCGAUAAAAUGAGCCUUUUUCAAGACCUCAAACUAAAACGGCGAAAAAUUGAUUCAAGAUGCAGCAGUGACGGCGAAUCCAUUGCAGACACGUCGACCUCGUCGCCGGACCUCCUGGCGCCCAUGUCCCCCAAGCUGUGCGACAGCGGCACCGCCCUCGCGCUGCCGAUGACGACGCUGCCGCUGAGCAGCUCAACGUCGACAGUGGCAGCGACGGCAGCAACAUCGGUUGCGCCCUCAACAUCCACUGUGGCCCCAUCUUCAACAUCAGCAGCAUCCGCAUCGGCAUCCACAUCGGUGUCUGUGGCAGCGGCAGCGUCUUCAUCCUCGUCGUCCUGCACAAGCAGCACCAUAACGAUAACAGCCACUACAAAACCGAUAAAUCAAUGUUCCGCUGAGGCGAAGCAACAGACUGAAAUUCACUGCUCGAGCAGUGCUGUGACUGCAGCGGCGGCCUCCUCGGUGAUGUCACCGCCGCCAACGGAGCACGCCCGCACCACACCACCCAUGGCCGAGGGCUCCAGUGGGGGUGGUGCGGAGCGACGUGAGGCGGGCUGUGGAGAGGCGCUCUCAACGCGUGCCACGCCCACACCACCACACAACAAUGGCACCUCCAGCUCCAGUAACGGCAGCGGCAGCAGUCGUGCCUCGCCUGACUCCCUGGAGGAGAAACCGUCAACGACCACCGCCGCCACAACGACAGCGGUGGCGCUGACAAGCCGCCAGAACGAUACACCCACGAACGGCAUACUGUCCAGCAGUGGCAAAAUCAAUAGCGGUGGCAACAGCGGUGGCGGCGGCGGUGGCGGCGGAGGCAGUGGCAGCCUUAGUGUCAUACGAUCUGUGAAGGAGGAACGCAUUCUGGCCUCGCCUACAAAGAUGCUGGCUUAUCAUCAGCACCAACAUGCCCAGCUCGCCCAGCUCGGCCAGCAGGCUAAGGUGGUUGGCUCGCAGUCACAACACCAUGUGACGGUGCUGGUAACGCCGUCACGCAUCAAGGCGGAGCCACCACCACCAGCCUCACCAUCAUCCUCGUCGUCUUCGACGGUGGGCACCAGCACGCAACCGCAGUCGCUGGCAACGGUGCCAACCUCUUCCGCAACAUCGUCCUCAUCGAUCACCUCCUCACAGCAACACAUCAGUCGUGCCAGUCCGCCCUCACCACAGUCCAUGCAGCAUCACGCUCACACGCACGGACAUGGUCAUGGGCAUGGACACACGUUGCCACCACCGACCAUCGUCACGACACAUCAUCUGCACCAACAGCUGACCCAACCGCUGACGCUGCGCAAGAACAGUCCGCCCACAGAGCUGCAACUGCCGCUGCCACAGCUCGGCCAGAGCUCCCAGCAUCUGCUCAACCAAUCCAUGCAGCAUCUGACGCAGCAGCAACAGCUCCACCUGCACCACCUGCUCGGUCAGCAGCAACAGCAGCAGCAGCAGCAGCAGUCGCCCCACCAGCAGCACCAACACUCGCCACACUCACUUAUACGCGUCAAGAAGGAGCCAGCAGGUGGUGGACAGCUCCUGAAUCAUGGCGGUGGGGUGGUUGGCAAUGGCGGUACCGGUAAUAGCGGUGGUGCCACACAACGGCAUCUAUCACCACACCACCAGCAACAACAACAACAACAACAGCAGCAACAACAACAGCAGCAGCAGCAGCAACAACAGCAGCAAAGAGAGCAACGCGAGCGGGAACAGGAGCGGGGAGCUGCAAGCCAGUUGCCACCACAGGCGCUGGGCAACAUGGCGCAGGCGCUGAUGCAUCCGGCAUCGUUGCAGUCGUUACGCCACACCAAUCGUGAUGCUGCCAUACUGUUUCGGGUAAAGAGUGAGGUGCAGCAGCAGGUGGCGGCGGCGGCUGCCUCCGGUCUGCCACAUCUGAUGCAGCCAAGUGCUGCGGCCGCUGCGGCGGCAGCCCAAAGAAUGGUUUGCUUCUCGAAUGCUCGCAUUAACGGCGUCAAGCCGGAGGUUAUUGGCGGACCACUCGGCAAUUUGCGGCCGGGAGGUGGUGUCGCUCAGUGCCCAUCGCCACAUCCGUCGUCAUCGUCCUCCUCAUCACAGCUCUCCCCGCAGACGCCCUCGCAGACGCCGCCGCGCGGCACUCCCACGGUCAUCAUGGGCGAGAGCUGUGGCGUACGCACCAUGGUCUGGGGCUACGAGCCGCCACCACCCUCGGCCACGGGCCCUUCUGGUGGCAGCUCUAGUGGUGGUGGUGGAGGCUCCCAUCAAACGAUGGGCGGCCAGCAACAGCAGCAGCAGACGUCGCCGGCGGCGCUGCUUCAGUCCCAGGGCCAUCAUUGUCCGCAAUCAUCGCAUCAGUCGGCCUCGUCACCCUCUGCCGGAUCCAUUACGCCCACGCAUACGCCGGGCCCUUCGCCGCAGAACAAUGAAGAAGCCGCACAACUGUUGCUCUCCCUGGGGCAGACACGCAUUCAGGACAUUCGACCGCGACCCCAUCAGUUCCGGACGCCGCACGCUCUUAACAUGGAACGACUCUGGGCCGGUGACUAUUCGCAGCUGCCGCCCGGCCAACUACAGGCACUGAAUCUAAGCGCUCAACAGCAGUGGGGCAGCUCUAAUUCUUCGGGUGGCAAUCGCUCCCUGGACGCACAGCAUGAGCCCACGGACGAGGACGAUCAGCCGUUGGUGUGCAUGAUCUGCGAGGAUAAAGCCACCGGACUGCAUUACGGCAUCAUCACCUGCGAAGGCUGCAAAGGCUUCUUUAAACGUACGGUGCAGAAUCGGCGCGUCUACACUUGCGUGGCGGAUGGCACCUGCGAGAUAACCAAAGCACAGCGGAACCGUUGUCAGUAUUGUCGAUUUAAGAAAUGCAUUGAGCAGGGCAUGGUUCUGCAAGCUGUUCGUGAGGACCGUAUGCCUGGUGGCCGCAACAGCGGUGCGGUUUACAACCUUUACAAGGUCAAGUAUAAGAAGCACAAGAAGACGAAUCAGAAGCAGCAGCAACAACAGCAACAGCAGCAACAACAACAGCAGCAAAUGCACUCACCACACCAUCACCAUGGAGCACCACAAGGUCAUAGUCAUGGACACGGUCACCAUCCGGCGCAGCUUUCGCCGCACCACCUGCUCUCGUCGCAGCAGCAGUUGGCUGUCGCAGUGGCUGCCGCCCAACACCAGCAAUCGAAACUUCUUGGGCAGGCACAGGGCGGUCUAGGUGGCGGACCCAUCGGCCAGGGUGACCUGAAGCCGAUGUUCCUGGGGCCAGCGGUGCUCAAGGCGGAGCAUCUGCAGGUACAGCCAAUGCAUUCGCCGCACCAUGUUGGAGCGGGUCAGCAACAACAAUCUAUGCCUUCGCCGCACCACACACUGCACGGCUCGCCACAGGGCCCGCCCAGUGGCAAUGGGGGUGGGCAGCAGACAACGGUGGGUGGGGGUGCGCCCACGCCUACGAGUGCUCAGCCGGCGCUACCCUCGCAUUUAGUUAACGGAACUAUUUUGAAGACUGCUCUGACCAAUCCCAGCGAGAUUGUGCAUCUGCGCCACAGGCUAGACUCUGCGGUAAGCUCGUCAAAGGAUCGUCAGAUCUCGUACGAGCACGCGCUAGCGAUGAUCCAGACGCUGAUCGACUGCGAUGCCAUGGAGGACAUUGCUACGCUGCCGCAUUUCUCCGAGUUCCUCGAGGACAAGUCUGAGAUAAGCGAGAAACUGUGCAACAUUGGUGAUUCCAUUGUUCACAAGCUAGUCUCGUGGACCAAGAAGUUGCCCUUCUAUCUAGAGAUACCCGUCGAAAUCCAUACCAAGCUCUUGACGGAUAAAUGGCACGAGAUUCUGAUACUGACUACGGCCGCCUACCAGGCCCUGCACGGCAAGCGGUCCUCGAGUGGCACUGGUGCCUCUUCAGGGGCCAGCGCUACUGCCUCCACCACCACACCCACCCGGCAUUCGUCGCCGUCCCGAACACCAACGCCGACGCCGCCGACCACACAAUACACGCAUGCCCAGCCACUGCACAAGGACGAUCCGGAGUUCGUGAGUGAGGUGAACUCACACCUGAGCACACUACAAACCUGCCUGACGACGCUGAUGGGCCAGCCCAUUGCCAUGGAGCAGCUGAAGCUUGAUGUGGGCCACAUGGUUGACAAGAUGACACAAAUCACGAUCAUGUUCCGACGCAUUAAGCUCAAGAUGGAGGAGUAUGUCUGCCUCAAGGUCUAUAUCCUGCUAAAUAAAGAAGUGGAGUUGGAGAGCAUACAGGAGCGUUACAUUCAAGUGCUGCGCUCAUAUCUGCAGAACUCAUCACCACAAAAUCCACAGGCGCGUCUCACCGAGCUACUCUCCCACAUACCCGAGAUACAAGCGGCCGCCAGUUUGCUAUUGGAAAGCAAAAUGUUUUACGUUCCCUUUGUCCUCAACUCGGCGAGCAUAAGGUAGCAAUUGCUUGAGCACGGCCUGCUACAAACCUCCAGCAACGGUCCACCCAAAGAACCCCAACAACAGCAGCAGCAGCAAC